AUGGCCGUUGUUGUUGCUGUGGAUCCUCAGGACAGGAGUGAUCAUCGUAUCAAGAUGCAUCUGGAAUACUUUCAGACGCUGGAAGGCAUCGUCAGGACUGUUGCACUUGUGAUUAACUUUCUUACUAUGAUUGUCUGUGCUGUGGCUGGGGGCUCAACUGGAUCUUGGGCAGCAUCAUGUGCUGGCUUUGAUGUACUCUACUUACUCCUAACAACUUUGAUUCGAUGUUUUGGUUAUGAAUUUUUGUUCCAUGGCCUGUUGGGACUUGUGAUUGCCAUCAUUAAUACUAUUGUUUGGUUGGUGACUUUCAUUGUGCUUGCUGCUGAUGUGGGAGUAGACGAUGAUUCAGAAGGAGAUGCUGCUGCAGCAUUUGCUUUUUUCUGUAUUAUUGCGUGGGCUGCAAUAAUUUUUAUUAAUUUUCGCUACUUCAGGGAGAGGAAUUCACCAAAGGAAGAAUCUGAGAAGAAUGAUCCUGUCUAGUCGUGCCAUUCUGACUGCAAAAACACAACAAAUACUGCACAAUCACUUUUAACUUUGAAGGUCUUAGAAAUAUGAGUUUGGACACGCUGUGUUGUUAGAAGAGACAGAUUUCAUAUACAAACACUUGAUAGGAUGUUGAUGUACUCUAUAAUAAAAAUACUACACAACAGAAUUAAA